UCUAGGAGCUGAUAGUGAUACAAUGCGUUGGUUGAACACAUGAUUUAUGGCGGAAACUAGGGCGACUUUCGUCAUUCAAGGAAGGAAUUCUUGUCCCAGGAAGACUUUAAAAGUCAAGACCGUUAAGUUUUUGAUUAGAUGAAUCAUGCGACAAUGAAUAUUCAGUUAAGUUCGUUUUUGUUUCUGGAAAGAUCAUAAUGUUUUGGACAAGGAGAGCAAGUCUAGGCGAAAAUAGAUUUAAUAUUAUACGAUGAUUUAACAGAUUUAUUUUUGUAUAAUUUCUACUUGUGCACAGUCCCAAAUUUUAAUUUGUUUCUGUUGUUCUGGUUGAUGAUAACAAAAACAGAAAAAAAGAUCUGUGGUUACGAAAUAAUUAAAAAAAAAAAACAAAACCAACUUAACAUUACCAAUUAACGAUUGAUUAAACUGAAAAGUGAAUCUGAAUUAUCAAUUUUGCAUUUAGUUACAUAUUUGUGAAUUUUAUAAAGAGGAAAAAUAUCUUUCGAAACAUACCAUUUUGAUCUUCUUUUUUUUUAACGCUGAUUUAUUAUGAUCUUACAAUUAUGAUAUAUGAAAGAUUACAUAGACGAUUCGACAACCGCGCUGUAGUCUGCAUAAUUGUUUAAUAAACCGCGCUCUUUCCGGGAUUUGAAACCUGGAUUUCCUGUAAUCUGCAAUAAAUUGCAUAGUCUGGGAUUUGAAUCCCAGACCUAGGUGUAGAAGCCUUUAAACCUUAACCAAUAAGCUUCGGUGCUUCCACAUAUACCAUUUUGAUCAUGCUUUUGGUAUUUAGCCAAAAAAAGUUUUCCAGAAAUUGGGUCAUCAUAUAUAAUGAUACAUUUAUUUAGAACAGAUUUUGGUAAUACAAACUCGUCAAAUAGAUUAUUCACUAAUUUUUGUCAACUAUAGAUUGUUUACUUUUGUGAGUUGGAUACAUGAAGUUUUGGAUUGAGUUUUUCUUUUACAGGAACUAAGAUCAUGUAUUUUAAAAUAUAUAGUAUAAUAACCAUAGUGUAUGUAAUUUUUUAGUUUAAAACUUAUUACUACUUUUCCUCUUAAAAUUUGGAUCCUAAUUAAUUGUUGACGAAGACCGGAUGAAUUGGGGUCGGCGAAAAACUUGGUUAUAGUUAAAGAAAACACUUGGUUAUAGAAAAUUUAAAAUAAAAAAGGUCAAUUAAAAACCCCGACACAUGUUGAUUCGCCGGUUCGGUAUGUAACUUAAGCUGGUUCUAACUAAAAGUUCUUAUACCAGAAUUAACCGACUGUAAUAAAGAGCAAACCGGAAGUCUGAAUAUGUAUUGACGCGGAUUAGAUUUGGUAGGGAGCAAUUUAAUUAAAAACAAAGUUAAUCUAUCAACAUUUAAAAGGAAAAAGAUAGAUACUGUCUGAAUUAGAAAAAAAUCCAAAUUAAUACCCCAACAAAAGAAAAAAAAAGUUUUCUUCAUCUGUAAAGGAAACGCGACAAAAGAAAAAGAGAGAGAGAGAGAGAGAGAGAGAGAAGAGGAAGGUGGGCUUUAAAAAGAGAGGACUCGUGGAGGCUUUACUGAAGCGAUCCGUGGAACCAAGCUGACACAAAGUGGCCACAACAUCUUCUCCUUCUCCGCCUUAUAACGUUUGAUACAUUCACAAAUCUGCACCCUAAUCUUCACGCUUGUUUCCUUCCUAAACAAGAAACAUGACGGACACGACGAAGGUGAUGUACAUAGUGGUGGUCGACGGCGAUGUUGAUAUAACGACGGCGAUUCUCGAAGAAGACGGAAGCGGGAAUUGGAAAGAUUCGUUUAGGUAUACGCGUCCGGUUUUGCAAAGUACUCUUCAGCUCAUGGGAUGCAAAGCGCGUCACGCCUUCAAGAUUAGCCGCAGGGUUUUUGAGUUAAUAAGAAGUGAGGGAUCAUUAAUACUUUCCCCCUCGCAUGGGAAAGAAUCUGUAUUUGGGAAGGCAGUUGAUGCUCCUUCAGCUUGUGAUGGUGUAGAAAAGGUUAACAAAGUUAAUUUCUCAGCUACCAAUGAUGCUGAUGAUAAGAGCAAAAGUAAGCCGUUUGAGAUGUAUAAAAAGCGCACAACAGUUGUUGUUUUGAGGGAGACAUUUGUAAACGUUGUCUGUGACGCUCUUGCUGAAUACAAGUAUGUGGGUCAUGACCAAAGGGCUGACUUGAUUCUGGCCUGCAAGAUUAGAGAAAGGAAAGAAUCUGUAACGGUUCUGCUGUGUGGCACUAGUGGCUGUGGCAAAUCUACACUCUCUGCACUUUUGGGCAGCAGGUUGGGGAUUACAACAGUUGUAUCAACCGACUCAAUCCGUCAUAUGAUGAGAAGUUUCGUUGAUGAGAAGCAGGAUCCUCUGCUCUGGGCUUCAACCUACCAUGCUGGAGAGUACCUCGACCCUGUGGCAGUUGCCGAGUCUAAAGCCAAAAGAAGAAGAGACAAAAAGAUGGAUAGUUAUGGAAAAUCACUACUUGAGGACGAGAAACCAAAUGCCUUUGCAGAUUCUCAGUCAACCACUCCUGUAUUGUUAAGCCACAAGCAAAUGGCUGUAGAAGGAUUCAAGGCUCAGAGUGAAAUGGUGAUUGAUAAUCUCGAUAGGCUCAUUACCUCAUGGGAAGAAAGGAAAGAGUCUGUGGUCGUUGAAGGAGUCCAUCUAAGCCUUAACUUUGUGAUGGGGCUGAUGAAAAAGCAUCCUUCAAUAGUUCCUUUCAUGGUUUACAUCUCAAACGAGGAGAAACAUUUGGAACGGUUUGCUGUAAGAGCCAAGUACAUGACCUUGGACCCAGAGAAAAACAAGUACGUGAAGUAUAUACGUAACAUCAGAACCAUACAAGACUACUUGUGUAAGCGAGCCGACAAACAUCUAGUUCCCAAGAUAAACAACACCAACGUUGACAAGAGCGUGGCAGCAAUCCACGCGACGGUCUUCAGUUGCAUGCGUAGGCGAGAAGCAGGAGAACAGCUCUAUGAUGCUACCACCAAUACCGUCUCUGUGAUAGAUGACGAGUAUAGGAACCAGUGUACAGCUAACUCGCUGAGUUCCAAGGGAAUGUUUCAGCUGAUCCAAAGAAAAGGCUCUUCUAGGAAUCUAAUGGCUCUUCUGAAUACAGAUGGGACUUUUGCAAGAACUUGGCCGCUUGCUGGUAAGGUUGAUGAGACUGGGAAGCCUGUCUUUAGUAAUGAGACAAAUGGAAUGGAGCAUCCUGUUUAUGGAUACUUACAGAAAGCUGAACCGGUGAAUCUUCAGUUUGGUCUGUUUGGGAUCAGUGCUUGGCCUAGUGAUGGAGCCACGAGCCGCGCUGGGAGUGUGGACUUGGGUGAAAACGCUAGUAGGCAUUACUCUUCUUGUUGCAGCUCGCCUAGGAUGUCUGAAGGAACUUCCAAAGAGCUUAAGGAGGAGCAGUCCGUGCAUGGUAGCGAUGAAGAAGUGGAGGAUGAUCCUCCUGAGCAAGAAGAUACAGAUUUUAGCGAUGAUGAUGAUAACAAGCGAGACCAUGAAGAGGUGGGUUCAGUUGAUGAGCAGUCUACAAAGUCAGACGAGGAGUACGAUGAUCUUGCAAUGGAAGACAAAAGCUACUGGACAGAUGACGAGGAAGAGUCUAGAGAUACGGUCGCGGUAAUGUCUGAGAAAAACCACAAGCCGGCAACAAAAGAUGACAAGUACAUACAGAACUUGGAUCUUUUCCUCAAGACAGCGAAUCAGCAGCUGGUCGAGCCGCUUGAGCUAUGUGCGUCGCUGCUCACGUGCGAGUAUGGAGAUGCAAGACUCUGGUCGGGUAAAGAAAAGAUGAGGAAGCGUUCUCUAAGCAUAUCAGCUCUUGGAAAACGCGGGUCGGGUUUGGGUGAUCCGAUUCUCUUGGGUGCCCCAUGAUCCUUAGCUUUGGUUGCUAGCAAACUCCUCAGUUUAUUAAUUAUGGUUUAGUCUUUAGUUUAAGUUUUGUGUGUUCGUGUGUGUGUAUAGUCUUGCCUCAAACCUUGGGGUUGCUUAAUGUGCACUUUUUUUCUUAUGACUUGAGACCUUAGAUUCUAACUUUGCUUCAGAUUUUAAGACUAAAGUGUAUACUUCGCUUUACUUGGGAGUUCAAAUCAAACAAGUAAAAUCUUGGAUUCAUGUCACUUUCUACAUACAAUUCCUGGCAUUGACAGAAACAAAGUUGGUUCAGAGUUGUUUUGACUGUUUUAUGUAAACGACAGUACAUAGAUUGACACUGUCGAAAUAAAGUGGUGCAGCGCGAAGCAGAUGGUUAUGUCCAGUGGCGGAGCCAGAAAUAUUUUUUAGUAGGGUCAAAACAAAAUUAUUCAUAUUUUUUUAAAAAAAUAACCUACAUUACAAUUCAUCUAUUCUUUAUUUGUAUCACAAUUUUUUUAACAAUAUUUAGAUUUUAUUUGAAUAAACAAUAAAUACAACCACCUAAAAACCAAACAUCAUUAAAAACAUCGUUAUAAUUUUUAACAUUUUUAAUAUUUGUAUUUUGGGAACAGAUGCAUUAUCUAUUAAGAAUAACAAACUAAAUUACAUAUUUAAAUACAUAAAUUGCAAAUAUAGAUCUUAAAUUUUCAAUGAGUUUAAAUCAUGUCAUAUCUAACUUGAUAUAAACACAAAAUAUGACCUACAGAUACUAAAGUAAAUUAGAACGUAAACAUGUUUUACUUGUCUUUUUGUAAUGAAAAGUAAAAUAUAUGAAAACGAAAAACACUAGCAAGAAAAUAAAACAAUAAACGUAAAAGAUUUGUUGACAUUUUAGAUAGUAAUUUGUGGAUUCAUAUUAAAGUGGAUUCAAAUUAAAACUGAGUCCAAAAUGAAGUAAGCCCAAAAAUAAUUUAAAAUAAUUCUUUGAUUAUUUUGUCUUUCGCGUUAUUUUUAUUUGUGGGGUCAGUUAGAAAUUUAUGCUGGGUCACAAACAAAAUUUAUACAAGAAAAACACAUAAUUUUUUUUAUUUAGGUGGGGUCAGCUGACCCCCCUACCACCUUACUACCUCCGCCCCUGGUUAUGUCUUAGAUUCAAGAUUUAAAAAUCUUAAAUGUUGAGUAAUGAACCUAAAAAUGGAAUUAUGUGUAUAUGUGGCUGAGGUCAAGCAGUGUACGAGCAAUGUAUGCAAUGUUGUAUAACAGACCACGAGUGGAUUUUUAUUCACAACUUUAUUUUGGAUAUAUUUUUGUUUGUUUAACUAUCUCUGAAAUAUAAAGUUUUAUUGAUUCCAAAAAAAAAAAAAACUUUUAUUAAUUCCAAGCGGGGAUUGUGAUAGAACACAGGACAUAAUAUCAAGACGAUUAGGAUUUUUCUUUCAAACGCCUUAAUCAAAUACUAAAUUGCCCAACUGAGCUAAACUAUAAAUUAGCUUUAACGUAAGAUGAACUCCAUAACCAAAUGUAUCAAAAA